AUGACAACUGACAGCCUCACGGUCUCGCGAAAUGCUGUUAUCGCACUUUCCAUUAUUAUUCCCCUCAUCUUCAUCAUUCUUCUCAUCAUCAUUUUCUGGCUCUGGUUUACCCUGAGACGUUUGCAAAGCCACGAAUCAGAUGAAUUUCCUCUAAGAUCAUCGCACAGCACUACAAGCAUGCCACCUGUUUACAGCACUACAAGCGUGCCACCCGGCUUCUAUCCUUGCUUCGCUGUGGUUGGGAAGAAAGACUCGACCAAACUUUUUUUAGAGGCUAGAGAUUACAAAAACCCCACUGGCAGCUAUGACCGCGCAUUUGGCCACUUUCGCAUUGUGUGCAACCCAUCUAUAAAUGACACGGGGGUCGAUGGCGUUGUUAUGCUCGAUGACGCAAGCCUAUCCGACAAGGUUGAGUGGGCGUAUACUAGAAAGGAGGUAGUCUUCGUGGGUCCUGACCCUGUCAUGCCCCCGUGCCUCCGCAGAAACUGCACGUUGGGUCUUGUCGAUCCCUUCCCAGAACUCCUCCAGAAGACUUCGAACCCCAAAGACAAACCUACACGGAAGAGACGUUCAAAUACGGAUCUGAGAGCCGAGAUAUGGAAGAUCCCCAGGAUUGAAGCUGAGAGUCACGAGCUACUUCCAAGGGAAAACAUGACGACUCAUAUCCAACAUCCAAGUAACGCAACUACGAUUGGUGCUGGGCCGUGGAUGACCCCAUUGGAAAAGUUCCCGUGCAUCAUCGGGGUUCAAUACCCAUCGUUUUGCAAAGACAGGUCUUUCAAGACGCUUGGGAUACUCCAUAUUCACCUGAGACGUUGCCAUUCGUAUACAAACUGGUGCAAAGACUGCCUGAAAUCGUUCAACCAAGCCCUAGAUCAAGAAGAUCUAGCUAUAGCAAAAGCCACUCACAAGAAAGAGUGCCCAAAAACUCCCACACAAGAAAACAUAAACAAGCGUUUAAAGCAAUUCAUUAUGGAAGAUUGGCGGUGGGAGGCUUUCAAACGGAGAGCUUGGGAGCAGGUUCCAACUCGUUAUCCUGAAGAGCCUAUAGUGAAUAGAAGGUAUAGAAAGAUGCACGAAAUGCUCACCGCUCCAAACGAAGGCCGACUUCCUGGAAUUCAUGAAACCUUCAGUGCCAGCAGCCCUAACAGUCACCAAAUUAUAUUGGCCGGGUCUGAACGCCACUGGGGAGUCCUGGAUGACCGGAAUGCGCACCGGGGGUCUACUCUAAAUCAAGGCCAACUUCCUGGAAUUCAUGAAAUCUUCAGUAUUGAGAGCCCUAACAGUCACUAA